AGUACGACAAUCUGGCAUCGCUGACGUGGGGUGACGGAGGAGGAGGUGAGGAGGUGAGGUUUGAGUACGGCAGCGGGACACACCUGUACGUACAGCUCAAGACGGCAACAGCAUGGGGAAGACCGAGAAGAUUGGGAUUGUGGGCAGUGGCUUCAUUGGGCGCAGCUGGGCCAUGCUGUUUGCCAGUGUUGGGUAUGAUGUGGUCAUGUAUGACCUCAAGCCCCAGCAGGUGUCAGCAGCUCUUGCAGAUAUCAAAGAACAGCUAGUUGCCCUGGAAAAGUCAGGACUUCUGCGUGGCAAGAUGAGUCCUGAUGAACAGUUCAAAUGCAUCAAAGGAACCAACAGUUUGAAGGAGUGUGUCAAGGGAGCCAAGUUUGUCCAGGAGUCUGUCUUUGAGGAUGUGGAGCUGAAGAAAAAGGUGUUCAAGGAGAUUGACCAGCUGGUGGGGCCCAAGACUGUGCUGUCCUCCUCCACCUCUUGCAUCUUGCCCUCCAAGAUUUCUGCAGAGCUCACCCACAGGACCAGCUUUAUUGUCUCCCAUCCAGUGAACCCUCCGUACUAUGUGCCGGCGGUUGAGGUGGUGCCAGCACCCUGGACUUCAGCAGCUGUGGUCCACCUCACGCGGGACCUCAUGGUGGAGAUAGGACAGUCACCCGUUGUCUUCAUUAAGGAACACAUUGGCUUUGCAGUCAAUAGGAUUCAGUAUGCCAUCCUAAAUGAGUGUGCUAGCCUGGUAAAGAGUGGUGUGAUGAAGGCCGAGGAUGUGGAGGUUGUAAUGAAGGAUGGAUUGGGCUACCGCUAUGCCUGGCUGGGACCCCUUGAGACAGCACUCCUGAAUGCUGAUGGUAUGAAGGACUAUUUGGUGAAGUAUGCAGGCAGCAUCAAAGCUGUGUCUGAAGACCUGGAGAAAGAUGUCUCAUGGAAGCCUGAGGACUGUACAGAACUUGUCAAACAGCUUGAUGAAAUGGUGCCAAAGGAUCAGCUGCAGUCUCGGCGGGAAUGGAGGGACAAGAGACUUGCAUCCUUGGCCAAGCUAAAGAAGGAUUUGAAGCAAGAAGAAACAGAUGGCCAUUAGUUCCCUAAGGCAGAUACUUCAGUAAUAUCAGCAUCAAUAUUCACCCACAGUCUCACCUACAUCUAGAGCCACACCCACUGCCCCUCUCUAAGCCUCACACUCCGCCACUGUAUGAUGUGCCAGGCAACAGCAGGAUGGAGUGUGAUGGCACUGAUGUGCCCUUAAGGUGUGUGGGUAUCUCUACCUCAAGGGUGCCUGCAUGGUGGGAUUCCUCUUUGUCUUGGGUUGUAUACUUCAUCAGUCUUGCAUUAUUUAAAGGUUGUACUAACUGUAGCAAAAUACUUCAUUUUGUUGUGCCUGAAAUCUCCAGUUGUGAAGCUCUUAUGUUUGCCACUGUCACAAGGUUUCAGUCAUGGUGAAGAAAGCCCUGUCUUUUAUUGUCUGUAGGGUCUUUCAUGGAAAAGAGUGAAGUAUGUAUCUUUGCAUUAUCUGCAGGACAUGAGGGGGAUAGACAUGCAAACAGUCCUCAUAUUAAGUCAAUGAAAAUCCUAGGUGAAUCUUAUAUUUAAUGACAAUCUCUGGAAAAUAGACAUUGUUUUGUGGGUUGUGCAGGUGUAGAGGAAGUCUGUAGGAAUUAUUUUACAACUUCAGAAUUAUUAGAGUAUUGAUGAAUUGAUGAUCAAUAGAUUAACUGCAGAAUUAUGUGAAAGUAUAGUAAAUAGUCAGGUGUCUCCAGGUUGAUGGAGCAGGAACAUUUAUGUAUGGAAGUAUCCACCAAAGUAAUGUACAAGUUUAAAAAGGGUUUGUAAAAUUAAUGAAACUGAACGAAAAUGCAGUGCAGUGGCAAGUAAGACUGGCACACAACCAUGCUCAGUUUUCAUAUGAUACUUUAUUGCUCUGCUGAGCUUCCCUCCUUCAUAUUUCACUGUCUUUGCUCACUCUUAAGUAUGGGAUGGUUGCACUGGUUGGUUAUUUUGUAUUGUAUAAUCCUCCUGUUUGUAGAUUAUUUCCUUCACUAGUUGGACUGUAUUAAUAUUAAUUAAUAUAGCUAUCUUGCUGAGUGGCAUUCCUUUGGGUGUGGUGAUGGUGAACUGGGUGUGUAGAGAAGGCAAUAAACUACUGCUACUUUUG